UACGCUGUUUCUCCUUCAGAACAGAUCGUGUGGCCCUUCCCUCUGUCAUCUUAUUCUUAAAUAUAAAUCAUGGAGAAUGAAGAUAAAGUAAUUGAACAUGAAGAUUCAGAACCAUCCACAGGGGUGAAUCACACAGCCUCCAUGUAUCAAGAAACACAGGAGGAAACAGUUAAGAACCCCAGAAGUAUAGAUGGAAAUGAAUCAACAAGAGGAAGUAACCUACUGAGUAGCAAUGAAUCAAUGCUCCAAGGAACACCAGCUGAGCCAAAUAAUUUGCCAAGACUAAGGCAAAUAUUUGCUUGCCCUCCACAUGGUCUACUGGAUAGAGUAAUAACAAACGUUACCAUGGUCGUUCUUCUAUGGGCUGUUGUUUGGUCAAUUACCGGCAGUGAAUGUCUUCCUGGAGGAAACCUAUUUGGAAUUAUAAUCCUAUUCUAUUGUUCCAUCUUUGGAGGUAAACUUUUUGGGCUUAUUAAGUUACCUACGUUACCUCCACUGCCUCCUCUUCUGGGCAUGCUGCUUGCCGGGUUUCUCAUCAGGAAUAUCCCUGUCGUCAGUGAUAACGUGCAGGUCCAACACCAGUGGUCUUCUGCUCUGAGAAGCAUAGCCCUGUCUGUCAUAUUGGUUCGCGCUGGCCUUGGGCUUGAUUCAAAUGCCCUGAAGAAGUUGAAAGGUGUCUGUGUAAGAUUAUCCAUGGGUCCUUGUCUCGUAGAGGCGUGCACAUCUGCUGUUCUUGCCCACUUCCUCAUGGGUUUACCGUGGCAAUGGGGAUUUCUGCUGGGUUUUGUUUUAGGUGCUGUAUCUCCAGCUGUUGUGGUGCCUUCAAUGCUCCUCUUGCAGGAAGGAGGCUACGGUGUUGAAAAGGGCGUCCCGACCUUACUCAUGGCUGCUGGCAGCUUCGAUGACAUCCUGGCCAUUACUGGCUUCAACACCUGCCUGGGCAUGGCGUUUUCCACAGGCUCCACAGUUUUUAACGUCCUCAAGGGAGUUUUGGAAGUGAUCAUUGGUAUGGCAGCUGGAUUGCUUCUUGGAUUUUUUAUUCGGUAUUUUCCAAGCGGUGACCAGGACAAACUGGUGUGGAAGAGAGCAUUCCUUAUCUUGGGGCUGUCUGUGCUGGCUGUGUUCAGCAGCACGUAUUUUGGUUUCCCUGGAUCAGGAGGACUGUGCACGUUGGUCAUGGCUUUCCUUGCAGGCAAGGGAUGGGCCAGCCAAAAGGCAGAUGUUGAAAAAAUUAUAGCAGGAGCCUGGUACAUCUUUCAGCCCCUUCUCUUUGGAUUGAUUGGAGCAGAGGUGUCCAUUACAUCUCUCAGACCAGAAACUGUAGGCCUUUGUGUUGCCACCCUGGGCAUUGCAGUAUUGAUACGAAUUCUGACUACAUAUCUGAUGGUGUGUUUUGCUGGUUUUAACAUAAAGGAAAAGAUAUUUAUUUCUUUUGCAUGGCUUCCUAAGGCCACAGUCCAGGCUGCAAUAGGAUCUGUGGCUUUGGACACAGCAAGAGCACAUGGAGACAAACAGUUAGAAGAAUAUGGAAUGGAUGUGUUGACAGUGGCAUUUUUGUCCAUCCUCAUCACAGCCCCUAUUGGAAGUCUGCUUAUUGGUUUGCUAGGCCCCAGGCUUCUCCAGAAAGCUGAACGUCACAAUAAAGACGAAGAAGAUGAGAUAAAGUCCACCCGAUUUUAGAGGUGAAAAGAGAGAAUGCUGAACAUUAUCCUCACAAAGCUACUUUUAUCUAGAUGGAUAUUGAAAUAUGUAAUGUGUAAGCUUAAAAUGUAAUAGACCCAAAAUUGUGGCUAUUUUUUUGAACAGCUUUUCUAGUCAUUACCCUUUCUGUAUGGAGUUGGGGGGGUAGUGUUCUACAUCUCCAACCUGAUCUCUGCUUUCUUUUUCUUUGUUCAAACACCCGUUCAUCAUUAUAUCUUGUGUAGGGACAUACACACUUUAAUGUACUGCCGCAAUUUGAUUUCAGUAUCCUGUCCUGCUAGCCAACAGGAUACUGAAAUCUAACGUGCUAUUACCAUCUCACUCCUUCCCCUACGCUCUGGAUCACUGUGCAGCCUUAAUCAUGGCUUUAAUUCUUUCUUUUUGAGCCCAAAGAAAGAGUUCUGAUUUCCCUAUUCAAACUAAUAUUCAUGUCAAUCUUUUAUACCUUGUAUAUAAAGCCACCUUCGGUCACUCACAUUUAAGAUCUCAUUCUCUGAGCUUCAUACGGCACAGGGAACAGUCUUUCCCUUUCCCUUCCCCAGCAGUCCCAUCCCAGUUUCAAGAUUCAUGGUCACCUAGCGUCUCAUGCCUCGAAUUGUUUCGGGCUCCUCUUUUCUUGUUUGUUUUUAAAUAUCAUAAUACAUUCCCUCAUCCGUUUCUCCCUUCCCUGCUAAUCUGCCUCUUCUCCAUUUCUACUUAACUAUCUUUCUGUGAAUUAGUGUAACUGAUUGGUCCCACCCAAAUUUUAAAGUACACAGAUUGUCUUCAUUGGUUCUUCCUCUUGCACCUGGUCUAGACGUCAGACCUUAUCCUACCCCGUAGCUGGCUACAUAGAGCCCCCAUUUCAGUGGCCCAUCUGAGUUUGCCUGCACCUAAGGAGUGCCCUAAUCCAGCCCUUCCUUAUUUGUUCCUUGUGAUCCACGUCUUCAGGCUCUCCCAGUUCUCUAGGUGAGAGAUUGCUAAUUUUCAAUUCUAUGCCAACCUCAUCAAUAUCCUAUUAAUCAGGGUAAGGUAAGCUGCUAUAAUGAAGAACAAAAAAUAAAAUACUUUAAAUAUAGAAAUUUAUUUCCUUCUUAUGAAACCAGCUGACUAGUUGAUGAUGGCAGUGUUACUCUGCUCAUGAGGUCUACUCACUCAGAGACCCGUGUCCUUCUGUCUUAAGGCUCUGCCAUGCCCCAGCUUAGGAUGUGGGUUAAAGAUGGAUCUCUCCCAUGUCCCCUUUCUAGUCCUCAGGAUGAAGGAAAAAAGAAAGUCCAAGGCAACCAAUUUAUUUUUAAGGAAGUGAUGUGAAAGUUGGACACAUCUCUCCUUUUACAUUCUAUCCGUGACAUCCACGCCCAGCUGUGAAGAGGCUGAGAAGUGUUCUCUCUCACUAAGCAUUCCCACUCCCUGGAGGUGGAAAGAUCAGAUUUGAGAGCCAUUCUAUUGGGUUUUACCAUCACUCAGUAGCAUAUUCUUUCAGGUUAACAAGGGCUGUAUGAAGAUAGUACCUUUAAUCAAAAGAAUGACUUCUGUGCCAGGAAUUUCAUUGUGACGUGCCAGCACAGAAGAUAAGAAGAAAGGCUUAUCUGCAGAAGUCACAUUUUAUCCCACUUAGUCAAAAGCAGACCAUCUCUGCUUUUGUGUUUCACCCAAAAAUUCCCUUUACUCUAGGUCAACUCCUGCCUAGUUGUUAGAAUAAUCAUGUUUAAAUAAAUAAGUCAUUAAACUCCCUAAGGGUCUGAUUUAAUAGGAAUGUAAAAAGCGUUAUAGGUGCUCUGACAGAGUGUAUGUAGGGUGCAUAGACCCUUUAUUAUUAGACUAACGUGUCAUAUUGAAAUAAACAUCUUGUCAUUAGGCUACCUUUCCAGCCCCUUCCACCAUGACUUUCACGUCUAUUCCAAACUAGCUUUAUUUUUAUGUAAGCUAACAUAAUAUGAAACCAUAACGGUCUUCAUUUUUAUGUCACCUCAACUCUGGUUAUUCUAUGGGACUGUAUUCCCUUAGUGUUUAUGUUCUCCAUUUGGACUGGAUUAAUUUAUACCAAAGAUCAGAUGGAUGAACUUUCUUGGCUAGGUGCCCCCUGUGGGUAGCACCAUAAGCUUCAUGCUUAUGUGGUCUUCUGCUGAAAGUAGAUUCAUUCAACAAAUACUUACUGAAAGCCUUUGGUGACCCAGGCACAUCAUGAAGAUUAAUAUUGUUCCCAUCUUUAAGGAUCAGACAGUCUGCUAGAGGAGAGAGACCAUUAAACAAGAGAUUGAAAAAAAAAUUCAAGAACAAGAGAUUGCAAAAUAGUGUAAGUGCUGUGAUAAGCACAGGGGUGCCAGGGGCUCGUGGCAGGAGCCCCCACCAAUCCAGGGGGAACUGCAGUUUAGGCACAGCCUCCGGAGAAAGUAGGACCUCGGCUGGGACACGACUCAGCAAACGGUACAUGAGGCUGAAGGGUGCCGCAGUGAGUGCCCUGUUCACUUUUCUCCAUGUAAUAGGCUUUGAAUACUUACUAGCUAAUACAACAUACAGUUAGUAUAAGUAAAGGAGAAUGUUGUUAUAAAUAGUUAAGUCCCCAAAGAAUUAGAAAUGGAAAAUCGCAGGGUACAGAAACCGUUAGAGGGCCCAGGAAGCCACUGCCAAUUGCCUAGACCAUCCACAGAGCGCGCAGCAACCCCUUCCUACGUCUCUUUGGUGGGCGGCCACCAACCACAUCCCUGCAACUCUCUGUCCAGUAGUGGUCUCUGCAGGGCUCACCGUGAGGUCUAAGAUUUGUCACCACAUUGCAAGUCACAGCCCUUGACUUGGUGUGUUAACUUGAUAGAGAGUGUUGACUCAGACCAACUAAAUUAACCCCACCCCAACCACAGACAGAAACCAUUACCCUAACCUCUGGGUGCCUGAAAGAAAGGUGUGCCCUAUACAUGCUUCUGUCAGAGUUCUUAUAGUACUUCUUUCAGUUUGGUUAUAUGUUUGUCUCCUAUGAGCCCCUGAAGGGUGGAGCGUUAAAUCUGUUAUGGUGGGAUCCUCAGCACAGUGCACAGGGCAUGGAAUACAGCAGGCAUUUAGUAAAUAUUCAUUCACUGAAUCAGUGAGAGGACAUUCUCUCCCAGUAUGGGAGAAGUAGCUGCCAUUAAACAGUUUAGAUCUUAGUCUGCUCGGGCAACUACAACAAAAUGCCAUAGACCAAGUGGCAUAAACAACAGAAAAUUUUUUCCUCACAGUUCUGGAGGCUGGAAGUCAAACAUGAGGGUAUCAGCAUGAUCCGGCUCCAGUGAGGGCUCUUUUCCUGACGUGCCAAUAGCCUUCUCGCUCUCUCCUCACGUGGUGGGGAGAGAAAUGGGGAUGGAGAGAAUGUGCAAGCUCUUUGGUGUCUCUUCUUACAGUCACUGAUCCCACCAUGGGGGCUCCACCCUCAUGACCUCACCUAAUCCAAGAACCUCUCACAGACCCCAUCUCCAAAUACCAUGGCACUGGGGGACUAUGGCCUCAGCUUAGGAAUUUGGCAGGGAGACCACAUAGUUCAGUCCACGGUGAGGUGUCCUACUCCCAAGGACAGGGCUAAACAAACACUAAAUUCAUGUUCUUCAACACCUUCUUUUUUCUAGAGUUUGUGCCAUCUGUCUCCCUUUUAAGAAGUGUGUUUCCUUCUUUCUUUGUUUUUAGGCAAACUAAUUAGGCUUCAGCUCUUUAAGUUCUUUUCACAUUCCAGUGCUUUUCUCUCUGGUAUUAACUUCAUAUAACCUUGAUUAGACUUGAGUAUUUUCAAAAUGUCCUCAGUCAUACAUUUGCAAAUGAUCUCAUCCAUUACAUUCUUUAAAAACAGUAUUGAUUAUUUUUGUCUGAUCACAAAAUAAUACAUUUCAUUGCAUAAAAUUCAAAACACAGAAAAGAACAAAAAAGAAAACUGAAACUACUGUUAACGUAAACACCCGUUUUAUUUUGAUUGUGUUAAAUUCUACUCUUGCAGUUCUGGGGAAUGUUUUGUUUUCAGAAAGAUAUAUCAUCCACUGAAUUAUUUGGGUGAAAGGCAACAUAAAUACUUUUUAUUUGACUUCUGUGAAGAUAUAUAGAUUGAAGAAUUUUUGUUGUAUAUAAUGAAUGCAAAGCUUUCCCAAAAUAAUUUAUUCACCUGGUAAUACUCAAAUGUUUAUUUUGCAGUGAAUAAAACAGACAAACCCCUGCCUUUAUGGAGCUUAUGUUUUAAAAUCCAUUCAUUUACUUGCCCAAAAUACACUUGUAACUUGUCUACCAUGUACCAGUUAUGCUAGGUGCAGGAGAAUAUAUGUGAUUAAGAAGAUAUUCAAGGGUUCUGUUUGAUGGAACUUGAAUUUCGAGUGGGUAUUAACUCCAUGAGGAAUACAAAUAGGAAUAAGACGUGAUACUUGCCUUCAAGACUCUUACAAGGAAAUAAGAUGUGUACAAAUAGCUGUAACCCAAAUGAAUGAUUCAAAACUAUUCUCAGUGAGGAAAAUUUCUUAAAGGAGGUGAUACUUUAAUUGGACCUUGAAGAGUAGCUGAUUCGGAUUGAUGAGUUGAUACGAGGGAGCAAGUGAAGAAGGGAACAGCUAGUUAGAUGGCCAGGAUAUUAGCCAAGUUUGAAAACAGUAAAGCCUGGGGUAUGGUAAGUGACUGACACUUAAUGGUGAUAAAGCGAAUUAGUGAAAGGUAAGACUGGAAAAGCAAACUGGCACUUAAAUCAUACCAGAUAGAUUACUGACAAAAUUUCUAUUUUUAUUGUAGUGCUUUCAGAAGUACAGAACCAUUUAUAUAGAAGAUAUUUUUGAAACUACCUUCAUUUUGAACUUAGUUGAAACUGCUGUCAUGAAUAAAGUUCUCUUUGUUCUUCAAAAGUUUUACUUUUAAUGGCAUUGUUGCAAAUAUAACCAAUUUAAUUAUUUUAACAUACUAUUGUUGUUUCUACCCAAAAAAGGCUUUUUUAGAUGUUUUUUAAGUGAUUAUUAUUAAAUUUUCAUUAUAUUGUCUUUAAAUAAGUGAAGGACUUUGUUUUCGAAAUGUUUCAGAACAUUAUAUUUCUUUUUGUUGGUUUUCUGGGGCGGUUGGGUUUUUUGGAGAACAUUAUAUUUCUGUAUGAAUAAUCUACAUAGUUCUCUUUAGCGGAUGGGAAUUGCUUCAUGCCAUUUUGGGAGCAAGUAAUAACAUAUGUUUUAGUUGACUAACUCAAAUUAAAUAAUGGCCUGAGCCUUCUGACCUGGUGGUAAUUCCAAAA